GCUGGCCGUUCUGGUAAUUCAUUGGUUACCAGGGCUGUCAGUCUAGCGACGCAAGCAAACUAGUCUGCGCCCUUUUCAGGGUUUGCAGGGUGGAAAUGCGUCCACAGCACUGUGUUGUGUGUGAUAGGAAAAAAAUAAAACCGGCUGCAAAAAAAGGAAUUCAAAAUUGUUAAACAUUUCAAGACGUUUGAAUGAAAUCGAAGAGGCUCUCGUUUUUUUUUCCUAGCUUGCUUCAGAUAUCAGGGCUUGCGGUUGUGUAUGCAAGUGUGAUGCAGUUUAAUUUCUGUCAAAUUUAUAGAUGGAUCGGAAAGGGAAAUAAACCUGUGUCCGGCUGUUCAGCUAACACGGGGCUCGUGUGUUGAUGGACGCAGCUAUGUUCUGCAGUCUUUAUCACAACGUGUGUAUUGAAUGGUCUUUUUUAUUCUUAAAAGCUGAAGGUAGUUUGCAUGUGGCGUGCUCUUUAAAAAAACGAGUAUUUUUUAUCGCUCCGUUUAAUUAUUAUUAUUAUUGUUAUUACCAUUCCAGCUUCAUUAAUUGGUUUUCUUGGAGCUGCAUCGAGCUUUUAUUUUGAUUUUUUUUUAAAUAGCGAUGCAGUUUUUAAUUGCAAGCGAAAGUUUUAUCGCGUUGGUAAAACAAAUCUAUUUUUUUCCAACCUAGAUCCAAGUCUUAAAUAUUAUUAUUAUUAUUAUUAUUAUUAUUAUUAUUAUUAUUAUUAUUAGAGUCAUUUUUGUUUCAUGUGUCGUUUUGGAUUUUAAGAUUUUUUUUUUUUUUUCAAACUGAUUUGUACAUUGCUGGACACGGUACACAUCAUACCAGCCGCUAGAGAGACCGUUUUUAUCAUUAUUUUAAUUAUGUAUUUAUUUGUUUUACAUUUUAUUCUUAUACAAAACAAAACUACACAGUGAAGAUGAAGCGGUGUAAAUCGGACGAUUUGACCCCCGACGAGGAGGGCGGUAGAACGGGACUGAGUGCAGUUUGUGAAGAUGCCCCAAGCGUCCUAAUUGUGGAGGUAAAACACGGAGAUACCCCAGAUUCCAGCAGUGCGGGUGGUACCGCAAACUCUCACUCCACCGCCCGCAGCAAACCUCCGGACUUAAAGAAAAUCCAGCAGCUGUCGGAGGGCUCCGUGUUCGGACACGGGCUGAAGCACCUGUUCCACAGCCGGCGGAGGUCCAGGGAGCGCGAGCAGCACAGCUCCCCGGACUCUGCCCAGGCCCCGCAGCUCAGCGUGGGAUACCCUGCCGGGGCAGCAGGGGGGCCGGGGGGCCACUCGGACCACGACUCUGCGGACGAGAAGGAGCGGUCCCCGGAGAUGCAGCGAGUGUCCUACGCCGUGUCCCUCCAGGACCUGCCCGCCCGCCCCACCGCCUUCAACAGGGUGCUGCAGCAGAUCCGCGCCCGGCCCUCCAUCAAGAGGGGCAGCAGCCUGCACAGCAGCAGCCGGCGCACCAAGAGCGGCCCCGCCUCCGAGGCAGUGAAGAGCAGCAGCCCCCACCUGGGCAGGAAGGGCCCCCAGGACAGCUCGCUGACCGCCCUGCUGCACCAGGGCAGACCCCGCUCCUCCUCCACCACGGACACCUCGCUGCUGGCCGGAGAGCCCACCCUGCACUGGACCGUUGAGGAGCCGGAACGCGUCACGGACAGGCUGGAGAAGGGGGAGGUGAGUACCCUGGGGCUGCCCCCGAACACGAGCCACGCUGGCUCGGACGGCAACAUCAGCCUGGACGUGCCCGAGGCUCCCGACCCGCAGCGCACCAAGGCAGCCAUCGAGCACCUGCAGCAGAAGAUCCUGAAGAUCACGGAGCAGAUCCGCAUCGAGCAGGAGGCGCGCGACGAGAACGUGGCCGAGUACCUGAAGCUCGCGCACAACGCCGACAAGCAGCAGGCCUCCCGCAUCAAGCAGGUCUUUGAGAAGAAGAACCAGAAGUCUGCCCAGACCAUCUCCCACCUGCACAAGAAGCUCGAGCACUACCACAGGAAGCUAAAGGAGAUUGAGCAGAAUGGGCCCACGCGGCAGCCCAAGGACGUGCUGCGGGACAUGCAGCAGGGCCUGAAGGGCGUGGGGGCCAACGUGCGAGCAGGAAUCAGCGGCUUCGGAGGGGGAGUGGUGGAGGGGGUGAAGGGGGGCGUGUCCGCGCUGUCCCACACCGCCGUGGUCUCCAAGCCCCGCGAGUUCGCCAGCCUCAUUCGCAACAAGUUCGGCAGCGCGGACAACAUCACCCACCUGAAGGACACGCUGGAGGACCCGCACCCAGAGGACAGCCAACGCCCGUUCAGCGGCAGCGCCACGCUCGUCUCCAGCCCCAAGUACGGCAGCGACGACGACUGCUCCAGCGCAACCUCAGGCUCGCCAGCUGGCAGCAACUCCGGGGCGGGGGGGCCCGGGCUCGGGCCAGGGCCAGGCAUGGGCAGCCCCAAGUCCAACACGCUGGACAGCCACCACCACCAUCACCACAACAACCUGGACACCCUGCUGGAGGAGCUGCGCGAGAUCAAGGACAGCCAGGGGCAUCUGGAGGACUCCAUGGAGGACCUGAAGACACAGCUGCAGAGGGACUACUCCUACAUGACCCAGUGCCUGCAGGAGGAGCGCUACAGGUACGAGCGAUUGGAGGAACAGCUGAACGACCUGACAGAGCUCCACCAGAACGAGAUGACCAACCUGAAGCAGGAGCUGGCCAGCAUGGAGGAGAAGGUGGCUUACCAGUCCUACGAGCGUGCCCGCGACAUCCAGGAGGCGGUGGAGUCCUGCCUGACCCGCAUCACAAAGCUGGAGCUCCAGCAGCAGCAGCAGCAGGUGGUUCAGCUGGAGGGGGUGGAGAACGCCAACGCGCGGGCGCUGCUGGGCAAGUUCAUCAACGUCAUCCUGGCGCUCAUGGCCGUGCUGCUGGUCUUCGUCUCCACGCUGGCCAAUUUCAUCACACCGCUCAUGAAGACGCGGAUGCGGAUCUUCGCCUCCGUUUUCCUCGCCCUCUUCCUCAUCUUCCUGUGGAAGCACUGGGAUAGCGUGGCGUACGUCUUCGAACCCUGGCUGCUACCCAGCUGAGCGCCCACCGGAAUGGGUCACAUCACUGCUGCUCCGUGACGGAGGUUAUUCCUUUAUAAUUUGCGCCCGCGAGCGCAUUGGCAUUCCUGAGUUCUCUGGUGUGGUUUUUUUUCAGUUGUUUUGGAGGGGGGUAGGGUUUGUCCACUGUUAAGCCACAGUUUUGUUUUCCUUUUUUUUGUUUGUUUCUUAUUUUGGUCCCAUUUCAGCUGUCUGAAAGAGAGGCAGGAAUAAAUAAAUACUCCCCUUCAGAGGACGGGACUGGAAAACGAGAGUCAGGCUUGAAACGGCUAGCUGGACGGCCUCCCUCUGCCAUGUCACACUGUUGGCCCAACCACAAGCAAACACUGGAAAGCAACGUUUAGAACGACAGGUGCUGUUUUUAGUUUUUUUUGUUUUCUUACAAAUUUUUUAACAACUACUUGCGUUUCAUAUUUCGGGCUCCAGUUUUGCGAGGCCUGUGCACAUGGGAAGAGAACAGGGGAGCAGAAAAGGACGUUGCGAUGGAGUGAAGGAGGGGAUCGAACAGGGGAUCAGAGCUUGGAGAUCCUUGAGAACUGAGGUGCUGCCAACACCACUCAGCAAAAAGAAUUCAGCAGCCAGCUAAAUAUCGGGAGCCACUUCAGUAACUCUAAUGAGCACAGAAGUGACACCUGCUAAACUUGUAUAUCUUAUGUAAAAAAAACAAAAAUAAACACAUAAAGCCUACUAGUGCAUUUUUAAACUUUUGAAGAUUCAGUUCUAGGCCAUGUGUCGAUUUCGGACUAUUGUGGUCGUGGUGGGACACUAGCCAUGAGGGUGGGCUACUAAUAAUCAGUGGUCACUCCAAACUGUAGCCCAGCCUGGACACAGACUGUCUUACUGCAAUGGCAAGUAGCAUAAUCACAGUGUCCGGUGUGUAAUGUACAGUACAUUAUUUGUUUGAUUUUUUUAAUUUUUUUUUUAAAGCGUGUCUUGACCUCUUUUUAUUCCUCCUCACUGAAUUCACACAUUUUUUUGUUACAGUUGUUAUUCAAUUUUAAAUGUAUUUAUUUAUUUAUUCAUUCAUUAUCUUUUUUUUCCGUGUACGUGUAAAGAAGGUAGAGUUACAGCCCGCACGUACAUUCAUGAAAUGCUUUUGUUUAUUUUUUUAGUUUUCUUCUAAAAAGAUAAGUGCAAAUUGGUUAUUUGUGUGUGUGUGUGUGUGUGUGUGUGUGUGUGUGUGUGCGUGUGUGUGUGUUCUGUGUUCCAGGGCAGUGACGCAGCACCCAGCUUCUACAGCUCCACUGCAGGCUAAGGGAUGUCUGCUCUCUAAGAGAGCUGUCUGAAACUACGAAACUGAGGCCAGGAGUGACGUUUCCAAUAUAGUAACAUAUAGAUACUAUGAUUUACUACUGUUUAACUUUCCUAGGCUGUUAUUAAACCAAGCAGCCUGUCUGUCUGUCUGUCUGUCUGUCUGAAUACUUGUGUCAGACUCAUUCAUGGUCACACACCCCCUUGUGGUAGUUUUUAUUAGUCUGCAUUAGUCUCAGUGAGGUUUAAAAGUGGCUGCCACGGUCCCUGGAAUAAUCUUCAGUUUGUGGAUCUACCACCAAGGGGCCACUUCAUCUCUGAGCAGACUUGGCCCCCGAAUAUUGAGUUUCAAUCUGCUUUACUUUCCAGUGCACAUAAACAGACCUCACAUCUGCCAACGCUUUACACAGUCUGUGAUUAGUAUUCUGUGCACAUCAGGAAAAGACACAAGCUCUCUGUGCAUGGCAGUGUGUGUGUGUGUGUGUGUGUGUGUGUAUACGUGCCUUCCCUGAGUCAUCUUUACAGUUAGAAAAGUGCUCGUUUAGACCAGGGUUGGGCUCGUGGAAACGCAUGGUCUCCGCUGCAAAAGCCAUCUAAAGGAACACCGGAAUUCAUCCGGAGGGCAGGCACAGUGCCACUAAACUACCACAAGAGGGGGGUGUUCCAUGAAAUAUGAGCUCGACGUGGGCCGAGCGUGGACAAUGUGAAGGAAUCAAAAGUACUGUAACUGCCUUGUGGGUCAGUCAACAGAGUAGCCUGGUAACCUGGCAUCACCAGUGGUCCACACUUGUAUUUAAGUCAGCUCGUUUGUGCAAGGGUGGUUGGUUGUGUAAAUGUUUUAAGAAAUGUAUAUAUUAGUACAACAUGGCUGAAGAACCUUGUUAUAUAUAGUUAAGACUGAGGUCUUUUUUUGGUCCAUGUUUUACAUGACAUGGAAGAUGGUGAUACAGUAUUCUGCAGUACAGCCUGACAAAGUAUCAUAUCUGUGGCGUGCUCAACACUCAUACCUCCAUGAGCCCCUUGACAAGUGUCCUGUAUGAAUUUGUCUUUUGAAAGUUAUAAACCCUUAACGCUAAGACGUAGGGGUUGUCUGGGCACUGGAAUCACCUUGGGCUACCAGGUAUAUAUCUUGGCUGACCACAAGAGGGCAGACCUGUCUGUCAAUCUGUUUGGUAUUUAAAGCAUUCUGUUUUGGAAAGGUAUUUUCUCCAAUGAAAAUACAAAUCAAACUAGCGAACAUAAAUGAAGAAAACAUGUGAAGCAACACAUUCCUAACACAGCUGUUCUGCAGCCGUGCCUAGUUCUGCCUGGUUUCAUAAACUGCAAGGAAUCGCAAACCUGUCCAGAAUAGAAAGAGUAAAACGUUGUUUGAAAAUCACUGCAAUAAUACCCCUGUCAUUUUCACUUUCGCAUUUCUCAGUGAAGAUCCUCCUGAAAAUUGAAGUGACUCGAAACGACUAUUGAAACUUCAGAAACCCUGAAGGACAGUAUUUGGACUGGGGGGGCAGACAGAAGUUAAAUAUCAAUUUGCAUUGUCAAGGGGUCUAAAGGGUUAAAUCUGUAAUAAACAAUGGUAUUGUUUGAAGCAAGCUGAAUGUAUUUUCAAUGAACUUAAAAGAAAAAGUCAGAAAUAAAUCUAAACUGAACUGAGUGAAGGAUGGUUGUGAGAGCUGUGUGAUGUUUUAUUUUGUGUAAAUAAAGAAGGGCAUGGUACUGUAUUGUAUGUAUUAUAAAACACUGCCCUCUGCUGGGUGUUCUGUUAAAUGCAUUCUGCUUUAAGACAAGUGAUGUGUGGUCUUACUGUGUUUGCGGUUUGAAGGAGAUGCGGUUCAAAAUGAAAGUGGCACUUUAUUCUUUAUCUCUUUCUUUUUUAAUAAAAAAAAUCACUAUUUGACAGAAUAAAAGCUCAACGUGGCAUUUUA